AUGGUCAAAAAUGUGAAAAAUCAUAAAGUUAAUGAAAUUUAAAUUCGAAAAUUUAUAUCUUUUUGGCAAUUAAAUAGCUGCAGAUUAUUUGAAAAUAAUUAUAAAUAUGUUUAUUAGCAAAGCCUUAUUUACAUUGAGUAGAGACAAAGAAUAGGUAGAUUAUAAUUCAAAAAUUGAUAAAAGGUAUAAGAAAAUAAGAGAGUAGGGCAAGUUAAGAGUUGAAAGAACAUUAAACAAAACAUUAAAAUUGUUAAUUGAAGCCAUCAUUUAUUUAAAUGUUCCCACAUUAACCAAAUGAUUUCUAAAGUAAUGAAGAAUUAAAAAUACCUACAAUUACAAAUAUUGUAUCACAUAAAACACUGAUUAAUAGGUUCAUGGAUAAGAAUAAAAGAAGUUUAGUAUUGUUUAAGAGGAUAGUUCAUUAUUAUCACCUUCUUAAAUGAUUUAAUCAAAUUUAUUAUUAGAACCAAGGAAACAUUUUUUAGAUAAUAGAAAGGUGAAAAUCAUAAUAGAAUAAAUUAAAUAACGAUUGCUUAAUUCAAUUCAUUAUUCAAAAUAUAAUGAUCCACUUAUAACACAUGAAUGUCAAGAAGGUAUUAAAAAGAAUAUUUGACUUAGUUUCCCCAUUUUAUUAUUAUUAUUUCAAUUUGUUUAUCUUUUUGACAUCAUUUUUAUCUAGCCUAUUUACAAUUAUUUUUAUACCAUUACUUAAAACCUUUUAAAUUUAAGAAUUAGUUACUUUGAUUAUUUUUUGUUUCAAGAUUUUAGCAAUUUUAUUGGAUUUGUAUUUUUAAAGAGGUCCAUAUAAGUUAUUUAGAGGGAAAAUAGUAUAAAAUUACAAGAAUUAAUAAAAAGUAUAUUUAGAUUUCUUUAGGCUAAUAAUUUUAUUAAUUAAUUAUAAUUUAAAUUUGGAUAAUAAAUUUUUAAUGAUUUUAUUAAUAAUAAUCUUAAUCAUACUGGAAAUGAUACGUAUUAUUGAACCAUUCGAAAAUUUAUAUAGAUUUACACAUACUAUAGUAAUAAUAAUAUAAUUAUGGAUAUCAAUUAUAAUGAGCUUAGUUUGCACUUUAAAGAGUAAUAUUAUAAUUUAAAUAAGAGUAUUUGAUGACGAAAAUUAAUCCCUAUUUUUAUAUAUAAGUUAUUCAAUAUCAUUAUUAACUCAUAAUGGAAACAUUUGUAAAUAUAUAGAUAGAAAUUUAGCUUUAGAUUUGAAUUAGGAAAACCUUAUUGUAGUUUCAAUAUUUUCAUUAAUAUGCUAUUUAUGUUAUGUUUACACUUUAAUUUAACUUUGGACAUGGAUAAAGCCAUCAAUAGAGAUAUAAGAAGAAAAGUAAAAAUUGUUAAAGGGAUUUGUGGAAUAUUUAAAGGAGAAAUGUUAAGAUUAUGAUUUAUAGAGAAGAUGUCAUUCUUAUCUUGAAUAUAGAAUAGAUGUAUAAUAUAAUAAAUAAAAACAAAUAGGAAGAUUUAGGUAGAGCCAAAGAUUAAUUAAUGAAAAAAUUAAGUCCAGGAUUGUAAGAUGAGAUAGAAAUUUCUUUAAGAUCAAAAAUGAUAGAAAGAUUAGAUUUAAUGAAUAAGUUUUCUCCUCAAUUUAAAUAGCAAUUAUUAUAUAUGAUUGAGUAGGUAACAUUUAAUCCUGAAGAUAAUAUAUUAAUUGUAAUAAUAAACUAUUGAUUUUAUAUUAUAGGAACAUAAAGCUGAGGAUUUAAGUUUAUAUUAUAUAUUAAAAGGUGAAGUAAAAGUUUAAUUUCAAGGAUCUUCAUUAGCCAAUAAUAAAAGAUCUGUUACUAGACUUUUAGAGGGUUAAGCAUUUGGAUUACAUUCUUUUAUAUCUGGAAUACCUUCAAAUAUAAGUAUUUAUAGUUGUGGUGUUACAACAUUAAUGAAAUUAAAAAGAUCUGAUUUUUUAGGAAUAAUAUCAAAUUAUCCAUAAGAUAAUGAAAGAUUUAGUAUGAUGAAAGAUAAUUCUCAUUAUAAUUAAUCUUUGUUUGAUUGUUAUUUCUGUAAAAUUAGAGGUGAUUAUAUUGUGGAAUGUAAACACUUAUAAUAUUUUCCUUAACGUUAAAAUGUGAUUGAAAAAUAUUUAUAUAGCAAGAAAUAACUUCGAAAACCUAUUAUUAGAAAAUAAAAGAGAUAUUUAACAUUAAGAAAUUUAAAUUGUAAUCAAGAGAGAGUUAAAUCUAUUAUUAAUGCUAAAUUAAGUUAAGAUGUUAAUUCAGAAGAAUUCCAAGAUUUUUCUUAAUUGCCUUAUUCAGAAAGUAAAUUUUAAAUUUAUAAAUAGAUUAAACACAUUCACCUAGUUAAUUUAGUAAUUCUAUUCCUACUCAAAAAGUGAUUUAAGAUUAUUAAGUAUCAAAUAGUAAUUUUAAUGGAGAUAGUAUUGAACUGUUUAAUAUAGAAGAAGAAGCCGAUGAAGUUGGUAUGAUUAUUCCUAAAAUAACAAAAACAAUAAGAAGAAAAGAUUCCAAUAAAACUGCUGGAUUUAUUGGUAUUUAAGGAAGUUUCUCAGUUUUAGAUAAGGAUGAUAAAGAAAUUCUUCUAUAAUUAUAAAAUGGGUAAAAUCAGAAUAUAUAUUAUUAAAGUCAAAAUAAUUCAUAAAUUAUAUAAGCAUAAUAAAAAUCUAGGCAAACCAAUAAGUCUAAAACUCAUACAAAUUCAUUUUCAAGAAAUAUAUCAAAUAAUCACUCUCAAAAUUCAAAAUAGAAUGAUUCAGAAUAAACAAGAGAAAUUGUUCAUUUAGCAAAUAGCGUUAACACAUUAUUUGAUGAAAAUAAAUUAAAAUAAAAUAGUGGAACAAAAUAAUUAAGCAUUAUAUGUUAACAGUCUUAAUUUUAAGCUCUAUUAACUCCUGAAGUAAUUACUUUGUUAUAAUAUUAGAAUUAAGAGUAUCUUUUUAAUGAUUUCAUUUAUAAUAAUUUUGAAACUAUGAUGAAAUUCAAAAUAUAUUAUCCUCAUAACAAUUUUGAUUGUGUUAUCUAAAGAUAUAAAAAUUCAUUUUAGGUUUAAAAUUGUCAAAUUUAAAAAGAUCAAAUUUCAGGAUACUCAAUAAAAUGUUUUGUUGCUUCGAAAAUAAAAAAAGUUUAAUAAUUAAUAAGACUAUAGUGAUUGCAGCAAUUAUUGAUAUAUUAUUAUAGAUAAAUUAUAAGUUAUUUCAUUCUAAAAAUGAUCACAGUAUUAACUAUUUUUGCUGGAAUGAUGUAAUUAUAAUAAAGAAAAUACUAUAUAACUCUGUUCUUUAGGCAGGAGGCUCUUAAACAAUAAUAAACUUUAAAAGUUUAAAUCUGAAUAAUUAAUACAUCCCAAAUGAAUUUCUGAUUAACAAAGAAGUUUCACUCUCAUUUUUGUUUAAAUAUGAACCUAAAUUAAAAAUCUAAUCCUAAUAGUUUUUAGCAAGCUCAACUGCAAAAGCAUUAAUUACAUCUGGAUAACUACUAUUUAGAGUUUAUAAUAAAGAAGCAAAAUUAUAAAAAAUAUAUUCAUAUUUUGAUAUCAAUAAUCAUAUUUUACAAACAAUGAUAAUAAAUGUGGAUGAAAAUAUAUUAUCAACUGAAAUUUUUGAUUUAAAUUUUUUCGAAGGAAUUUGGCAUUUCAAAUUUUAUAGAAUUACACCGAUAAAGUAGAAAAUAGAUCAUUUUGUUUUUAAUUAUAUUACUUAGACAUUAAAUAUCAAUCAAAAUGAUUUUAAAUUGAUCAAACUACAAUCUAAUUAAGUAUUGGGGGAUUCAGAUAUAUAUUUUAAAAUUAAAUUUAAGUUUUCAGAUUACAAGUUUUUUUUUAAUCAAUUCCGUGAAUUGAUAUCAUAAUUAAAUAUUAAGGUUCAUUAGAUAUGACUAGUUCUUACUUUAAAACUGAGUUGACUAAUUUGUAUUUAGGUGCAAAUAAAAUGUAAUCCUAUUAAAUGAACUUUGAUAAAUGAUAUUUAAACUUCACCAUCAUCAAUUUUUAAGAGUAUUUUCUUAUUAGACAGUACAUUUGAAUUUGAAGCUUGGUAUAAGUUAUCAAUCAAUUAAGUAUAUAUUAAAAGUUAAUAUUUUAAAAAUAAUAAAAUCUAUAAUUUAUUAUAAGUUAGAGACGAUUAUAUAACAAAAUUAUAUAUAAUUGAUGAACAAAGUUUACUUUUAGAUUUAACAUAUGUUAUUCUAGAUGGAGAUUUAGAUAUUCAAAUUUAAUUGAAAGCUAAGAAAUAUGAUAAAUUAUUUUAUAAUUCAAAUGCUGAAUUGAUUACUAUUAAAUCCUAAGUAAAUUUAGUGUCUUAAUGGCAUUUUAUUACUAUAAUGUAUGAUAGAGAGUAAAAUUUAUAAACUGGCUUAAUCUAAUUUUAUUUUUUACUGGAUCUGAUUUAUAUUUUUAUAUUGGUUCUAAUGAUGUGA